CACCACCUUCGAAUCCCUCCCUCCUCUCUCUUCCUUCUUCCAUCACUCUUCCCCAAGAAAAAUCCCCAACAAACAUCUAUACAAAAACCAUCCCUCCCUCGGAUUUCGAUAUUGUGUGCAUUGCUUCCAUCCUUACUGCAUCUUGGCCAGCGCAUAGCACUGUGUUUUUUUCCUUGUCGCAGUUUAUCGCCCCGGGAUUUGGAGAUAUACUAGGCAUCCGCCAUCCCCUCCUCCUUCCAGAGAGAGUUUCUUCUUCUAUCCCACGGUCUAUCCUACGGUUGAAAAAAGCUUCCCGUACCAGGUUACUUGUGAUCCCACAUAUCCACAGUCAGAGGAGCAGACUUCCAUACCAAAAGGACCAAAUACAAACCUAGGAUCCAGUCCACUUGAGUCUCUUCACACGGGAUUUGACACAUCAAGCCUUUCCCCGCUUGUGUCGGUCGCUGUACUAUUCCAUCUCCCUGGACUGCCUGGAUCUCCCUGUUUGAACUCCAUUUUCCCACACCCGUUGGACUGGAAAAAGGAAGGAACCGAUACUCGGAUUUUUACCACGGACUCUCCCAGGCUGAUACUUUCCCCGCAAAUUUCCUGGAUCAAAGGGCCCAUCCACCUGGACUUCAUUUAUUCCCUCCACUGCCUAACUAACAAUCACAAUGUCGCAACGUCUCGCGACAUAUUUCGUGCCGGCCACAGGUAUCGACAGAGAGGUCAUCACGACUGACAUCUGUCGGUACUUGGGCAACGACGCGCUCGUGAAACCCGGACAGCACAAGAACAGCAAAGGAGAGCCGAUCGCCGGCUACUUCAUCACCGCCUACCGUGCUCUGACGACGGAUCAAUUGACCGACAUCAAGGCCGACUCUGCCAGAUGGGGAGCAGAGCGGGCGAAAAACCAGACAAACAGGGGAUCACAGGGUGGAGGUAUCUCACCAUUGCGAGAUUCGGACGUAGGUGUUCGGUCAUCUAACAUUACACCAGACGUCGGGUACCGUUCGUCACUUACCCGGGCCCGGCAGCAGCAGCCGCCGUGGGACGAUGCCCCUCAACUCCAAGGAGGAGGAUAUUCCAUUCCAUCGCCGCAGCAGCAGCCAAACCAGGCAGGAGGAAGAUAUGAUGGUUACCCAGGCCAGCCGCAGCAGCAGCCGCCGCAACCAUAUGGAGCUCAGCCGGAAUACAAUCCCAAUCCAAACUACUCAUACGGGACUCCCGUCCAGUAUGGUCUUUCACAGGCACCUUCCCAACCACCACGGACAGGAUAUGCACCGCCCAACCCUGGAUACGGGGAGGGUAGAGGUAUGAAUCAGGGCUACCAGCCCGACAACCGUGCGCCUCCACAGGGAUACUACGACCAGCCACCGAUCAUGCCCCAAGGUCGGGGACAGCCAGUUCCCCCACCGCAGCAGUACCAGCAGCGCGACAGUUUACCAGGCCAGGAUCCCUACAACUACAACGGCGGCCGUGGUCCUCAAGAAGACCAAAACAUGGAGUAUGAUGGAUAUGAAGAGGAUUUCCCGGACCAGUCCAACCAGGCGCCGAAGCCGACCAGCUCGGGACAGUCGAGGCAUCGCAGCGAGAGGAGCGACAGAGAUCCGGAGAGGCGCACCGACAGACAUCCUGGGAAACAUCGCCGUUAGGAUUUGCCCGUGCUUGGACCUCCCGAGGUGCUAUGCUCCGUGGACUCGACCUUCUCUUUCUCUCUCUGUUUGAAGACAUGAUGCCAUGGCCGUGUUUCUUUGCUAGGAUGUUCACGCCGUUGUGAUCCAGCCAGCCAUGGAUCAUUUGUCGGAUCUCUGGAAGUGCGUACUCUGUCGCACCGAGGAGAUAUAUGGCCGUUGCACGAUGUGCACCAGUUUUGGAUCCCGUGGACAUUCCAUCCUAUAUAUGGAACAGACCUGACGGAGACCUAGACGUGCAGCAUAGCACCGAACAAUUUGUGCUGAUACCCACCUGAUGGCUGGAGUUUUUGCUGGAUAUAUUGACGCCUUGUGUGCGGAACCCGUCGCCUUUUGGAGCCACUCGCGUUCGCACAAACCCCGUAUUAAUGGAAAUCCGCGCGCGCCGGGAAACUGGGGAUACUUCGACAAAAAUGAACUCAACUCUACAAACCUACCACUACCAUUACGCCCUAGGAGAGAAUUAUGAUGAACCGUCCUAAUGACUACCCUGGACUACUUUGACGCUCUCACGGCCGUGUUAGACAUCUCCCAUGUUUUUUAUUUGCUUUUCUACCCUCGCAGGGACCCCCUUAGGGAAACAGAGUGGCGGAAUGAAAACGGAGUGAUGGGAUUUUUGUUUUUUGGGAGGUGUGUGUGGCGUAUUUAUGUUUUUGGAAGGGGGUGGUGGAAUAAUUGCAUUUUGGGCGCGAGGGCGGGAG